AUGGCCUCCUCUUCGUCCCCUCCCGCCGACAUCUUCAGCGGCAUAACCCAAUCCCUCAACUCCACCCACGCCACUCUCACCCUCCCCAUCCCCCCCGCCGACCGCGACCACCUCGAGAACCAAGUUCUCUUUUUGUUCGACAAUCACGGCCAACUCCUCAAUGUCACCACCACCUACAUCGACGCCUUCAACGACAUGUUGCUUUCCACCACCAUCAACUACGCCACCCAAAUCGGCGCCACCUUCAUCAUGCUCGCCAUCAUGCUGCUCAUGACGCCCCGCCGCCGCUUCAAGCGUUUACCCACCAUCAUCAGCCUCCUGGCACUUUGCAUCAACCUGAUCCGCGUCGUCCUGCUGGCGCUUUUCUUCCCUUCGCACUGGACCGAUUUCUACGUCUUGUACUCGGGCGACUGGCAGUUCGUGCCCCCCGGCGACAUGCAAAUCAGCGUGGCGGCCACGGUGCUCAGCAUCCCCGUUACGGCCCUGCUGCUGUCGGCGCUCAUGGUGCAAGCGUGGAGCAUGAUGCAGCUGUGGACACCGCUCUGGCGGGCCUUGGUCGUUUUGGUCUCGGGUCUGCUUUCGCUGGCAACCGUGGCGAUGUCCUUUGCCAACUGCAUUUUUCAAGCCAAGGAUAUCUUGUAUGCGGACCCGCUGCCUUCGUAUUGGGUGCGGAAGCUGUACUUGGCGUUGACGACGGGGUCGAUUUCGUGGUUUACGUUUUUGUUCAUGAUUCGCUUGGUCAUGCACAUGUGGACCAACAGGAGUAUCUUGCCGAGUAUGAAGGGACUCAAGGCCAUGGACGUCUUGAUUAUUACUAACUCCAUUUUGAUGCUGAUCCCGGUCUUGUUUGCCGGGCUGGAGUUCUUGGACUCGGCCAGUGGGUUUGAGAGCGGUUCGCUUACCCAGACGAGCGUGGUCAUUGUCUUGCCGCUUGGCACGCUUGUUGCGCAACGGAUUGCUACGAGGGGAUACAUGCCUGACUCUUUGGAGGCUUCUUCUGGACCUAAUGGAAGUUUACCGCUUAGCAAUUUGAGUUUUGCUGGUGGUGGUGGUGGUGGUGGUGGUGGCCACAAAGACACAGAAAACGGAGGAGGAAUCAUCCCUCCCACCAACAACACAGCAACCGACUUUUCCUCCUCCAUCGCCUGCAGCGGCAUCAGCUGCCUCCCAAAGGUAAAGCGCAUGACGGCCAGCUCGGCAUCUUCAAGUCAACGACCCCUUUUGACAAUGACCAAUUCAACCAUAGCCAGCAAUGACUCGUCGGGUUUCCCGAGUCCAAGCAUCCAUAACACCACGACGGCGACGCAGUACCAGUACUCUAUGGGAAUGAACAUGCCCAACUUCCCACCUGUUCCUUUUCCUGGCUACCACAGUCGUAACACGGGCGUUACUUCUCACAUUGUCAGCGACGGACGACACCAAGGCAUGAACCGACAUCCGAGCGUCGACCACUUUGAUCGCGAGCUGGCGAGGAUAGAUGAUGAAGACGAUAUGGAUAACGACGAUGGUUAUCCCUUUGCGUCAUCCGAGAAAGCAGUUAUGCAUGGUGAUGAAGAUGAUGAUGUAGAAAGGGGAAGGAGGAGAGCUCUGCCUCCACCGCUUGGGGGAGUAAGAGUUGAAAGAACGAUUGAGACUAGAAGCGAGGAGAGGAUGCCGUCGCCUAAUCCGUUGGGAGUCACGAAGCCGAGAUCUUUUGAGUAG